AUGGCUUCAUCCUACGACAUCCAGACAUACCUUCUCGACCGGGCAAACGUUGAGGAUGUACUCUUAAAACAGGUUCUAUUUUAUGAUCACCGUGAUGAGAAAGGCCUGAAAGAUGAGGUUUAUGCUCCAGAGUGCAUCAUUGAUUACACAGUCAUGUUUGGUGGCGAGCCUUUGAAAACGACUAACAAGGAGUGGGCUGCCGAGGCAAUCAAGAUUGUCAAGACUCUCGACGCGAGCCAACACGUCAAUGCGGGAAUACUGGUGCAGUUACCUCAGCCUGGAGCCAAGUCGAGGGGCAGACCAGAUAAAUGCACUGCAAUUUCCAAUGGCAACGGCCAUAUGGUGCGGGAGGCUGCCGAUGGUGGGCCAAAUAUGCAUACAGGAGGUAAACAAGAAUACGAGCUGGUGCGCUUACCAGAGUUGGAAGCCAAGGGGGAAAACCCAUGGAGAAUCACGAAGCAGAAAUUUAUCCCUGCGUGGUCCGAAGGGAACUCCGAAGUCACAGCCUUGAUGCAAGGCAGCGCAAUUGCUCAGACAUAA